AUUCAGCAGCCUGGUGGAGAGAAUUAUGACGCAGAUGUUCAUGAGGAUAUCACUGUGACAGUUCGUAACAACCAAAGGCUAACAGAUACAGGUUGCAUGAUGAUGAAGUCCGGUUCUCUUCGUGAACAAAGAUCAAAUAGACAGAGGUCUCUUUGUGAAGAAUCAUUUAUGCAACGUCAACAAACUGGGACUAGAUCAAAAAGAAUCGGGAAAAGAAUGAGCAGCAAUCAAAGGUAUGAUCCCCAAGGAAAACCACUGCACACUGUCAGAUUAAAACAUUCGUUUCUCUCGCCAUUCCGGGAGGAGGAUGACUACAACGCACAGGUUAAAGAAUACGAGAAGCUGAUUGCAGAUCAGGAAGCUGCUAGUGGAGAUGAGGCACCUGAUAUUAGCGAGAAAAACUCAACGGCAUAAUUCGACAGAUGAAUUUGAGGUUCAUCAAUAUUCAACAGAGACUGACUUGGAUACUGACUGGGAUACUGACUCAGUAACAGAUACAGAAUCUGAGACGCAUUCUGACCGUGGUGAUCAGUCUAGAAAACCUCUGCCGGAGCCACCUGAUUCUUCUAAGGAACUGGUUAGCAAGACACAAGAAAUCCCACCUACUUCUACACGGCCUGACCCUACGCAAACUACCAGCGACCAACAACUGCCGGAUGAAGAUGAAAAACGAGAAAGUGAGAAGUUACAAAAGACAGAUCACUAUGUCAGCAAAGGUGUAAACCUUUUCAAUAACGCUGAUGACUCAGGAGAUGGUGUGUCAGGUGCACAGAGUCCUCAUGUUAGUGACACGACUCAAACACAGACCGGUGGAGAUAUUAGCAAGGGAGCAAUGGAAAAAGGGAAAACCAAGCAGAAAACAACUACUCAACAGCAGAAGUCAACAGUUAAAGCCGAGGUUCAUCAGCAUUCAACAGAGACUGACUUGGAUACUGACUGGGAUACUGACACAGUAACAGAUGCUAAAUCUGAGACGCAUUCUGACCAUGGUGAUCAGUUCAGAGAACCUCAGCCAGUGCCACCUGAUUCUUCUAAGGAACCAGACCCUACGCAAAGUACCAGCAACCAAAAACAACUGCCAGCUGCCAACAACACAUAUGACUCUGUUUAUUUGGGGACAAACAAUUGUGCAUCCUUGAAAAUUGACUCAAGUGUCAAAUCAAAUCAAGAAGAACAAGGUGGUGAGGAGUUAAAAACCGAAUCUCUUCAUGCAGAUGAAAAACAAGAAAGUGAGGAGUUGCAAAACAAAUAUCAAUAUCUCAGCAAAGGUGUAAAUUUUUUCCAUGAUGCUGAUGAUUCAGGAGAAGCUGUGUCAGGUGCACAGAGUCCUCAUGUUACUGACAUGACUCAAACACAGACCGGUGGAGAACCUGAAAGGGAUGACAGAAAAAUGGAUGACACAGAGUAUGAAACAGUUGCUCGUAAACAGGACACAGAGGCAGAACAAGACAACAAGGAGACGGAUAAAGAUGGAGACUUGACUAAGUCAGAAGACCCAGUUUCAAGACACUCACCACAGGAAGAUGGACAUGACCGUGGUAAAUCUGUAGCUGCACCUGACACUGAUGCGAAGAAGACAGAAGAUGCCUCAAUGGAGGAAAAUGACAGCACUGAUGAAGAAUCUUGUGUCGGACGAGCUCAAAGAGAACAGAGAAUGCUGAAGUUCCACCAAGAACACGAGACACCACAAAAAAUUGAAGAGGACAAAAACCACUCAAAGAUAUGCACUAUUGUGUAACACAGCUCCUUGUGAUAACGAAAACCAUACCGGAACCUGACCAAGAGAAGAAACAUCAAAGCAUAAGCAUACGAGACAGGGGAACAAGCAACUGCACCCCCCCCCCCCCCCCCCCCCCCCCCACACACACACACACUCCCCAUUGCUGGAGCAAAUCCUCAAAUCCGAGCAAAUCCUCAAAUCCGGGCAAAUACGUUAAAGAUAUUCAGACAAAAAGUGCUAACCUGAGACCUUUUUACCAUGUAUUUUCAUUAUUCUACCCGCAAAAUUAUUUGUAAUCUAUUGGAAAGAAAGAAAGAAAGAAAGAAAUGUUUUAUUUAACGACGCACUCAACACAU